UGUUAUUCCGAAAUUUGCAAACAAUAUCAUUCAACCAAUAGAUCAUUGAUCAAGAAGAAGCUUAAAACACGAACAAUUCUUACAGCUGGUGUAUCAAAUAUGGCUAUUUUAGAGCAUAAAAAACAUGCUAAUAAUAAGCAAUUAGCAAAAUUAGAAUAUGCAAAUAAAAAUAAUAAUAGUUUAUUGGAAAUUACAUCAUUACAAGGUACAAUUAAUCAAAGUAAAUCAUUACUCUCAAUUGGAAUAAAUGAAAAAUUUCCUGGAAAGAUGCAAAAAUUUCAACAAAUAUGGCGACGAAGAAUAAAACGAAAU